AUGGGAAAAGAAAACGGUAUCAGAGCAGCCAAUUUUGAAAUAUUUUUUUCAAAAUGUAAAUACAGUGACCCUGUUUUGACACCCACCACGAGAGAAUUCAGCUCCCUCUCUCCCCCGUCACGGCAGAAGGUUGAGGCUGGUGCUCUAAUCCAGCAGCACUCGUGCUCGUGUGGCAGCAACAGAGACACGCACGCGUGCGCGCACACACUCUUUAGUCUCACUUGGGGCUAAAAACCUACACAGCAGCACCAACGUCGUCAAAGCCCCUGAUGCGGUGACAGUGAUGAUACUCUAGAUGCUUAUAUGACUGGACACCAGCUGCACAGGAUAAACCGGAGCAGCAGCAGCUCAUGUUGAUAUGUUCAACACGUGCUGGCAGCGUUUUCCCGUUUGGUUUUAGACUGUGAGCAAACAAAGAUUGUAACAACCGAGGAAACACUUCGCUCGUAUUAUCGCAACAACAACUCCUCCACAUGGGGAUUGUGGUCUACAACAUCUCCACCACCUCCGCCCACGUGAGCUGGCCGCCAUCCCCCGGCUGCCUGGACACCUUCUACAGUGUCAUGUACGACCCCAACUGGAACAGCCUGCUCAUGGGCUACAAGCGCAAGAGUUUCAUGCACGAGGAGCGCAUCCCCGUCAGUCAGACGAGCACACACCUGGGCAACCUCCUCCCCCAGACCACCUACUUCCUGUGCGUGACGUGUCAGGCUGCCAAUCCAGUGCCGGACCAGUGCCAGGUGUUCAGCACUCCGAGUGUGAGCGGGGAGGGUCACGACAGGGCGGGCUGGGAGCUCGCCAUGGGCGUCUGGCUGACCUGCUGCAUCUUGCUGCUGGUCAUCGCCAGCAUCCUGCUUUGGGGAUGUCUUCACGCCAUCUGCUCCCUGCCGGGCCGGGCCGCGGGCGGCUGCCCUGUGGUGACUGACUCCAGCCUCCAAGACACGUCCGGAUCUGGACAACUCUACACGCCCCGAAGCAGCAUGGACGCCACUAAACAUUCCACCAUCAUGCCACCCCCCCUCCUCUCAGCGCAGACCCCUGGCCACAUAAUUACCCAAGACCAUGGGCUGAGGCACCUCGCUAAGCUGUCUGGCAGUGAGCCAGUGUGAGUCAACUGGAUUGAGGUCAUCACAGCAUUGUUCUGCCUAGACUCAAUUGUCACAGUGUUUUCAUUUUUUAAUAAAAGUGUUUCCACAGUAACAAAUAAAAUAGAACUGAACCACUUCAAACUUUUCAAUGACAAAUGUUGUACAAAGACAUUGAAUAACAAUUUAUCCAAAUUUGUUCAGCUUAAUGUUUCUCUUGUAAUUCACAAGAAGCUCAUGAGGUACUUGAUGUGUAUGUGUUUGUGAUAUACAUUUAGAUCUAUGCGUACAAACGUCUGCAUUUAUUUUGUGUGUGUGUAUAUUUCAGGACAUCUCGCUCAUAAUGUUUUCCAACAGUUAUGUUUGCUCCCACAGAUGUUUCUUACAAAGUGUUCAACAUGUGGACUCAAAGGAAGUCAGUCAAGUCAUGCACUCAUGAAAUCCUAGAAAA